AUGGACUUCUACGAACCCACACUUUUGUUCAGACAAAACGCAAUCAAGAGACCCGACUCCAUGUCUCUGCUGAGCUCAUACUACAGUUCCGACAACGACUCUGCCGCCACGCUCCCAUACCAACAUUCCAACAAGUCAAGAUCCCUGUGGCUCUUAAACCACUCCAACGCCUCAGACACAAUGAUCCUAAACAAGGCCUGUUCCUUGGAUAGAGUCAACAUCAAGCUGAACUACUGGAAGAUUCCUGACAACAGCAUGGACUUGACUGCUCUCGCAACCAGCAGUGUCCACUCAGCAGCCCCAUUGUUGGCCAUUUCCAGUGCCCAGGCUGAAAACAAUCUCUUUAUCUACGAGCUCGACGCCGUCAACCACUACUUAACCCACCACACUACCAUCACCUUACCCAACAUCCACAGUCUUGCGUGGGUGCCGAAGCACAAGUCCAGGUUUCUUGUUUCUGGAAACAAUAAGGGAUACGCUCAUCUUGUUUCGGUGCCUCUCCCGCUGUCGUACACCGGAGAAUCGAAGGAGGAAGAGGAGUGUGCCGAGAUCGUCAAGCGGUUCAACCACCGCAAGCACCUCAAGUCGGUCAACAAGGAUCCUUCUAUUCAUACCCACGCUAGCACAUGCAUCUCAGAGCUUGGCUUCACCGCCAACGACAAUUUGGUCUCCAUCUACGACAACACGUUGUUUGUGUGGAACAUAAACGACUGUGAGGCGUCUGCAAGGCCUCUGCCUGUGGGAAUCCUGGUGAUUCCUGGCAUCAAGAGCUUCGACACGGCUCCUCCUCUUGUAAACGACCCAUUCACCUUGGCUCUCUGUGGGUCAUUUGGUAUCUCGCUUUUUGACUUCAGAAGCAGAGGCCACAAUGUGCCCAACUCUUCACUAUACGCCCAGGGUGCCUCAAGACAACUUUCUGCCAACAAGCUCAAGUGGUGCCCUACAAACGAAUAUGUGAUGGCUUCAGCACACCAAGACGGAGUUGUCAGGCUCUGGGAUCUUCGAAAGCAGGACACUUUCGCAAGCUUGACUGGGCACAAGGGCAAGACUAUCACAGCACUUGAGUGGAACGACAACGACAUCUUCACAGGAGCUAGUGAUGGCAAUAUUGUCCACUGGGACUUGACAAGGGGACUAGAGUCUACAGACGACAUUGCAACUAAUGCAGACAAGCUCCACACCUGUUCCAUGAAAGAGGGUGUGUCGAGUGUAUCGUUUGACACCAACAAGAACUCCAUGGUUGACAUUGCCACAGAAAGACAGUGUGGUACGUUGCUUCCGGCCCUGAACAACAACAUUGUCGCCAUGUGUCGAGUGAGAGACUUGGAGGGCAACGACUCUGACUGCAAAGUGGUAACCAUCGAUGGCUCGUCGUUUCUCGGGUUGCAUUCGAAGAUCUACGAUGCUGUGUCAAACGUGAGUAGCGAAAAGCAGUUCUACACUAUAGAGGAUAUCAACUUGAUGCUGAGAGAGGAGUUGUCGAACGCUACGCUCAUUAAUUCCGAUGAGGAUUUGAUUGAGCCUUUGCACAUUCAAAGAAAAGACACAGUUCACUCCAAGGCUCCUACUGAAACGGAGUCUGUGCGUACAGACGAUUUCCACUUUGAUCUUGGGUUCAACCUCGAUGAUGUCGUGUCUCUCCACUCAGUGGAUUCCGAACCUAGCAAGUCCACCUCGAGCUCGUCGCCAAACUCCUCCUCCCUGAAUAACGACUCCAACUACACACUCUCCACCGUUGCCACGGUGAUCGAAUCACCUCCACUGACGCUCCAGAAGGAGUCGCUGCUAAUGUUCUUGGACCAAGGUCUCGAGAAGAUUUGUAUGGACUUUAACAGCACCAAUUGUUACACGGCUAUAUAA